CAGCCAGCCAGCCAGACGGAGGCUCGCCCGCCCGCCGCCCUCCCACGCUCCCUGCGGGCCCCCCCGCUGCCGGUAAGUCGCCCCUUGCGGAGCUCUGGGGCCGGCCGGGCAUCCACCGCCGUCCCCCGGGCGCCUGGCAACGGGGAGAGCGCAUCUCGGACUGGCUGGAGCUGGACUCUUUCCAGCAACUUUAUCUGGGCUGCGAAUAGACGGCUAACGGAGAGGGAAGCCUCGAGGAGGGGGGGGCACCCAUCAGGCCCCAUGGCGCAGACGAGGCGCCUCUGCUGCUCCCUCCUGGCGGGCUUCGUGGUCCUGGUUGUGGCCCGCGCCCAGUGUCCGGAAGAGUGCGCCUGCUCCCCAUCGGCCCAGGUGGAGUGCUCCGGGCCCCGCAUCACGGAGAUGCCCUUGCCCCUGCCCAGCAACGCCAUGAGCCUGCAGGUCCUCAACACGCAGAUUGCCGAGCUGGGGGAAGCCGCUUUUGGGAACGCCUCGGCCCUCAUCGCCCUGCGGGUGGAGAAGAACGCCCUGUCGCGCAUCCGCCCGGGGGCCUUCCACCACCUGCUCUCCCUGCGCUACCUCAGCCUCUCCAGCAACCGGAUCCAGGAGCUGCCGCUGGAGCUCUUCCAGGGCCUGCCCCGGCUGGAGGCCCUCCUGCUCUCCGGCAACCGGCUCCUGCGCAUCCACCCAGCCCACUUCACCCAGCUGGGCAGCCUCAAGGAGCUGCAGCUCCAAGGGAACAGCCUGCAGGCCGUCCAGCCGGGCGCCUUCGACCAGCUGCCCUCCCUCACCAAGCUCAACUUGGCCAAGAACCGCCUGGCCCGCCUCCCGCCCCGCCUCUUCGCCCCCCUGCGGCACCUGCAGGUGCUGAGGCUGUACGAGAACCAGCUGGCGGAGGUGCCCCCCCAGGCCUUUGAGGCCCUCGCGGAACUGCAGGAGCUGGGCCUGCACCAGAACCAGCUCCGCCAGCUCCCCCCGGGCCUCUUCUCCGCCAAUGGCCGCCUGCAGAAGUUGUUCCUCUCCAACAACCAGCUCCAGGCCCUCCCUGCCGGCCUCUUCCUGGGCCUGCCGGAGCUCUCCCGACUCUCGCUCUUUGCCAACGCCCUGCGGGAGCUGCAGCCGGGCACUUUCGGGCCCAUGCCCCAACUGAGGGAGCUGUGGCUGUACGACAACCAGCUGGCCGCCCUGCCCGCCCACCUCUUCAGCAACCUCACGCGCUUGCAGCUCCUCGUCCUGAGCCGGAACCGCCUCCGCUCCGUCGCCCCGUCUGCCUUUGCCGGGCUGGAUGCGCUGGCCGAGCUGUCCCUGCACACCAACGAGCUCCACGCGCUGGAGGAGGAGACCUUCCAGGGGCUGGCCCAGCUGCAGAACCUCUCCCUGCAGAACAACAAGCUCCGCUUCCUCCCGGGACGGCUGUUCCGGAGCACGCCAGCCCUGCAGGUGCUGCAGCUGCAGAACAACUCCCUGGAGAGCCUCCCUGCCGGCAUCUUCCGCCAGCUGCCCCACCUGCGCGAGGUCCGGCUGCACGACAACCCUUGGUCCUGUGACGCCCGGCUCCUGGCGCUCAAGAAAUGGCUGCAGGAGAACCAGCCCCACCUGGGCAGCAGCCGCCCCCUGUGUGCCCUCCCGCCCCACCUGCAGGGGCAGCCCGUUGUUGAGCUGGACGAGGGGCACCUGGCCGCCAGACUCCCUGACAGCAUAGAUGGGCAGGUGCCCACCUCUGCGCAGACAGAGGGCCCCUCCCAGGAGCCCAGCCCAGGGACCCGGUCCCAGCUGCCUCUGGACAAUGAGGCGGGCAGCGCAGAGACCGAGCCGGACGGGGCGAGGGCAGCCACCGAACUCCCCGGCCCGGGUGUUGCCCAAGCCCAGGGCGGCAUUUGGGGCCUGACCCGCACCCAGACCGGGGUGGUGGUCACCUUCAUUGUGGUGGGGUGCGCCUUGCUCCUGGGCACGGUGGUGGGCGUGGUCCUCUACGGGUACAGGAGGAAGAGUAAAUGGAGCUAGCUGGAAGCCAAGAGGCGUAGGGGGAGCUCCGGGCCUGGGUCGGAGGAGGCAGAGUGAAAGAGACUGGGUAAACAACUUGAAAGGUCUGUUUUUGUUCCCUUUGCACCCCCCCUCCACUCCCCUCUCCCUGCUCCCGCCCCACAAGGAAGCCUCUGCCUCCCUCCCUCCCCACCCACCCAUGGGACUGUGGGGGCUCCUCCUCCUGGGAUCAAAAACUUGUGGAGGGUUUCAGGGAGAUGGAGCGCCUUGGCUCAGCUGCCCCAUCUUGGGCGGUGGCCUCUUUUCUGGGUUAUGCCCCCAGCCCAGAGGACCUCUGUGGCCGAAGGGUGGGGGGGGCACGUGGGCUCUUUGUGGCUGGCACAUUUCAGGAAGCUGGCUCUCUCUUGAGUGGGGCGGAGCCAGAAGGGCAGCUCAGAGGCCGGGGGCUCCUCUACCCACCUCCGCUGCAGGCUAUUAAAUUGUAUGUGUGUGUGUGUUGGGGGGGGGGAUCUCUUGGAAGCCUGGCGCUGUGUUUGGCAUAAGGCAUGGGGAGGAAACUCAGAGGGCGGGGGCGGAGUGACUCUAGAGGCCUCCAAAGCCAAGCUGGAGCUACGGAGGGUCUACAUGCAGCCCCCACCUUCCGGCAAACCAUCUGGAGGAGGAGAAGAGUUUGCAUUAAUAUCCUGCCUUUCUCUACCUUCUGAACGUUUCAAAGGGGCUUACAAACUC